AUGGGUCGUACCGUCGACCAGGAAGUUCACGCGGCGUUCGUCGAGUUCCGCGCCAAGGAAGACGAUAAGAUCCGCGCCAAAAACACCUCGCGUCAGAAGCAGCACCUGCUCGAGUGCCCCGGUCUCCGUGGCCAUACCAACCCCCAGGCUCAGUCUCAGACUGCUCAGUCCGCCCCCAAUGGCAUCGGUGCUACCAAUGGCUAUCCUCCUACUCCCAAUGGCGCUACAGCCACUGCACCAGGCGCUGGCCCGGGCCCAGGUGCCCUGCCUACUCCCAACGGGCCCAUGAUGACGAACGGCGUCAAUCCCCAUGCUACCCCCAUGCAGACGCCGCUGCAGAACAUGCAAGGCCGCGCUUCCCUUCCCACUUCCGGUCCCACCGGCACUUCCUCUGCUCCCCCGUCUCAACAAGCUCCUCGCGCGACUCCCAAGUCGAAACCGAAAACGUCGUCCUCAAGUCUGCCCGCCCCGCCUUUGGAUGAUGUACAUGCUGCAUUUGUUGAGUUCCGUGCGAAGGAGGAAGACAAGUGUCUCUCCGUCCAGUGCAUCUAUUGCCAGCAGGUUCGCGCGAAGAACACGAGCCGUCAGCGUCAACAUCUCUUGGAAUGUCCCACUUACCUCAGCGUCAUGAAGGAUUCGAUCCCCGCCAACAACCUCCUCCACACUUUCCCCGAAGGCGACGUGGCUCGCUCAUUGCAGAUCCCCGCGCCUACUCUCGAAUUGGACUUCCGCAUGAGCAUAAAGAUGAACCCGAAGGUGGCUGUUGGUCAGAGUCUCUGGGGCCAGAGAGACUGGGUCACGUUUGUUGGAGGCCAAUGGGCUGGUAGAUGGGGCAAGGGUAUCGUGCUGCCCGGAGGACAAGAUUCGCAGAUUGUGACGAAGGAAUCUGCUACCAGUCUUCGCGCAAGUUACAUGCUUCAAACCGCAGAUGAUCCCCCGGCUUUUAUCAUCGUGAAGACCAAUGGGUGGCUCACCGGCGCCAAGGACGUUCUGGACAAGGUCAAUGAUCCGGGUGUUGCGGACACUAUCAACCCUAACACGUACAAGUAUCGUAUCAAUCUCACCAUGGAGACCGGUGACGAGCGCUACGCAUUCUUGAACACCCUUAUGUGGGUUGGCAGCGGUUGCCGCAGGGGCCAUGAAGUCAUCUUUGAUUCGUUCCGUGUCAAUUAA